AUGGCUAAGAUCAAGUCAGUACGGUACUACCGUGUGAAGCCUCGUUGGCUGAUGGUCAAGAUCACCGACGAUAAUGGCGAGUAUGGUUGGGGUGAAGCGACGCUGGAGGGCCAUGACUUGGCUGUGGAGGGUUGCCUCGAGGAGAUGAUUCCUAGGAUAAUUGGUCAAGAAGCAAACAACAUUGAGCACAUCUGGCAAACGUUUUGGAGACACGGCUUCUAUCGUGGAGGCCCCGUCUUCAUGUCCGCAAUGUCUGGCAUUGACAUCGCCUUGUGGGAUUUGAAGGGACGGAAUCUCAAAGUACCCAUUUACGAGCUGUUGGGUGGUCAAGUUCGCAACAAAGUCCAGGUUUACUGCUGGAUUGGUGGUGACAGACCUUCCGACGUUGAAGCAGCAGCGAAGAAGCGCAUCGAACAGGGUCUCACAUGUGUCAAGAUGAACGCAACAGAAGACCUCAACUGGGUUGACUCACCCAAGGUGCUCAACGCCACUGUUGAGCGUCUUAAGCAGGUCAAGGCACUAGGUCUCGACGCAGGUCUUGACUUCCACGGUCGCCUGCACAAAGCCAUGGCUAAGCAAUUGGCCAGGGCCCUUGAGCCCUACCAACCUCUCUUCAUUGAGGAGCCUUUGCUGUGCGAGCACCCCGAGGCUAUCAAGCAGCUCUCCGACCAAACUUGCAUUCCCAUCGCUUUCGGUGAGCGUCUUUACACCCGCUGGGAUAUCAAGCGAUUCCUGGAGGAUGCCAGUGUUGACAUUCUCCAACCUGAUAUCGCCCAUGCGGGAGGUAUUUCCGAGACAAAGAAAAUUGCUACAAUGGCCGAGGCAUACGAUGUGGCUAUUGCGCCACACUGCCCUCUUGGGCCUGUUGCAUUUGCAGCGAGCGUACAGGUUGCGCUGUCAGCACCCAACUUCUCUAUCCUCGAAAUGAGUCUUGGAAUGCACUACAACACUGAGGCUGGUGACAUCGACUUGUUGACCUACCUGAAGAAUCCUAAUGUCUUUGAUAUCGAGGGAGGCUAUGUUAAGGCACCGACCGGCUACGGUCUUGGUAUUGAUAUUGACGAGGAGAUGGUGGAGAGGAUCUCUAAAGAAACGGAGCCCUGGCAGUGCAAGGUUUUCCAUGGACCCGAUGGCAGCAUUCGGGAGUGGUAA